GAGGCCCCAUCUUUUAGAUUCGAGUUUAGGCCCCGGGGUGGGGGCUCCGGACUGGGCCCCUACAACGGCAGUGCGCAGGCGCGAGGGACGCACAACCCCAGCCCCUGUCCCAGUGAACCCGUCGCCAUGGAAUCCCUGCAGACUCCCCAGCACCACGAAAAUCAAGAUAAAAGGGAGAAGGAGUGUGGGGUAAAACACAUGCCUAUGGGCAAUAAUGCAAGGAAUCUUGAGUCCGAAAAGAGAAAGGCGAUAGGAGUUGCCUUGAGUUCAGCAACAGCUGCGCGGAAUAUCCUGUCCGGUGUACACUGUGGCUGCUCCAAGCAAUGGAGACUAAAGUUACCAUCGGAGUCGCUGCAACGUCAGGGACAAGUGAUGAAGCAGCCUAAUAACAUUUUAAAACUCAGGAAUCUGGAUCCGUUGAUCUACCCUUGGCCAGAACUUAGAAGACGGCAGGUUGCUUCUGACCUAAUGAGCCACCUCCUCCUCCCCGGUUUUUCCGGCCUCACUUGGGCCCCCUUCCUUUUCCUCUUCAUAUAUCUGCCUCCUUUUCUCACUCUCUUCACUGUUCGUUUUGUUUCCUAUUUUCUGGUAUAGUUUCUGUGCUUUAUUAUUAUUAUUUUUUUGAGACAGUUUCGCCCUCGUGUCCCAGGCUGGAGUGCAAU